UCUUCCUUCAAGCCCAGAGAACAGCAUGCUCACCAGUCUAAAGUAAAACAUUUUUACAGAAUUCUAGUGGGGCUUACUCAAGAGUUUUUUCCUCCGACCUGUGAGCUCCCGGAAGGAGGGAAUCAGACUAGCACCUUGGAGUUCCUCCUCUGGGGGCUCUCAGACCAGCCACAGCAGCAACACAUCCUCUUCCUGCUGUGUCUGUGGGUGUGCGUGGUCACUGUGGCUGGGAACCUGCUCACUGUCCUGGCCACUGGCACCGACACACACCUCCACACCCCCAUGUACUUCUUCCUUGCCAGCUUGUUGUAUGCAGACAUGUUUUUCACCUCCAACACCGUGCCCAAGGCCCUGGUGAACAUCCACACCCAGAGCACGUCCGCUUCCUACACAGGGUGCUUGGCACAGGCAACCUACUACUUCUUGACUUUUGGGGACAUGGACAUCUUUCUCCUGGCUACAAUGGCCCAUGACCGCUAUGUGGCCAUUCGCCACCCGCUCCACUAUAUGACGAUCAUGAGCCUCCACCGCUGUGCCCUCCUGAUCAUUCCUGACUUCUUCUGUGAUUUGGGAUCGCUGAUGAAUGUGUCUUGCUCUGACACCCAGGUCAGUGAGCUUGUGCUCCUCUUCCUAGGGGGAGCAGUCAUUUUAAUUCCUUUUAUGCUCAUCCUGGUCUCUUAUAUCCGCAUCACUUCAGCCAUCCUCAGCCCCUCUGCCCAGGGAAGGCAUAAGGCCUUCUCUACCUGCGGCUCUCACCUCAUUGUUGUUGCUGUGUUCUUCGAGGCGGUGAUCAGGGCUUAUCUGUGCCCCUCAUCUUCUUCCUCCAACUCAGUAGAGGGGGAUACAGCGGCUGCUGUCGUGUACACCGUGGUGACUCCCCUGCUGAACCCCUUUAUUUACAGCCUGCGGAACAAGGACAUGAAGGCUGUGGUGGUUAGACUUCUCGAGGGUAGAGUCUCCUUCUCACAGGGCCAGCGACUUCUGCUGAGAAACUGAAGGUGUUCUCCAUC